CCAGACCUCUCCAAAGAGUAGGUGGAGUUGUGCUUCUUGACGAGUCCAUUUCCUCUUCUUGUUGAUGAAAAGGAGGAAACUGUAGGUGAUACCUGUAAAUAAUUCUUUCUUGCUCUUCUAAAAUCUUGAUAGGCAUAUAAUUCAUUUGAAACAUGGCUGAAAGUGAGGACAUUCCUGAAAUUGAUAAUGACGAACCCGAGGAAACUCCUGGAUACAAAGCACCAGCACCGAAGUCAGUGAAGGAAAUCGAAGAACUAGAUCAAGACGACGAGUCCCUUGUAAAAUAUAAGCAAACUCUUCUAGCUGGAAUGGAGGAAGGAGCUGCUCCAAAAGAUGAUCAAAGGAGAGUUGUUGUACAGAAGAUGAUCUUCAUGUCAGAUGGACAGACUGAUAUUGAGAAAGACCUAACAGGGAAUUUGGAGGCUUUGAAAAAACAGGUUAUAACAAUAAAGGAGGGUGUUGAAUAUCGUUUGAAGAUCAUCUUCAAGGUGCAACAUGAAAUAGUGGCUGGCUUGAAAUACCAUCAUGUUAUCUCAAGGAAAGGAGUUAGAGGUAGAAACAUGGCUGAAAGUGAGGACAUUCCUGAAAUUGAUAAUGACGAACCCGAGGAAACUCCUGGAUACAAAGCACCAGCACCGAAGUCAGUGAAGGAAAUCGAAGAACUAGAUCAAGACGACGAGUCCCUUGUAAAAUAUAAGCAAACUCUUCUAGCUGGAAUGGAGGAAGGAGCUGCUCCAAAAGAUGAUCAAAGGAGAGUUGUUGUACAGAAGAUGAUCUUCAUGUCAGAUGGACAGACUGAUAUUGAGAAAGACCUAACAGGGAAUUUGGAGGCUUUGAAAAAACAGGUUAUAACAAUAAAGGAGGGUGUUGAAUAUCGUUUGAAGAUCAUCUUCAAGGUGCAACAUGAAAUAGUGGCUGGCUUGAAAUACCAUCAUGUUAUCUCAAGGAAAGGAGUUAGAGUUGCAAAGCAGAACUAUAUGGUGGGGAGCUAUGGCCCAAAGGCAGAUCCACAUUCAUAUACCACCCCUGUUGAUGAGGCCCCAAAGGGUAUGCUUGCCAGAGGAUCGUACAAGGUGAAGAGCAAGUUUUUAGAUGAUGAUAAAAAUGUCCAUCUUGAGUGGGAUUGGUCAUUUGACAUAAAAAAAGACUGGGAUUAA